AUGGUUAGAUACACUUCUAAAAAGAGUAUCAGUUUCUUCCUAAGAAAAUACAGGAAAUGGCCGUACUCACCUUACAAGGCAAGAUGGCACAGAAUUUUCAGUCAACAACAAGCCAUGCAAUCUCUUAAACAAUCAGCUACAAAACCACCACAGCAAGAAGAACCCAUCAAACCUCAUGUUCUUUCUUCUCUUAUUCACUCCUUUAGCAUCUACAAUGUUGAGCCAACCCCUAAAGCCUAUGACUUUAUAAUCAAAACCCUUGUUAAAACCUCGCAAUUCCAUUACAUUCCUUCAGUUCUUGAUCAUCUUGAAAAUUUUGAAAACUUUGAACCCCCUGAAUCUAUUUUUUCUUAUCUUAUUGAAGUUUAUGGCAGUACUGAUAAAACCCAUGAAGCAAUUGAGUUGUUUUCUAGAAUUCCCAAGUUUAGAUGUGUCCCUUCUGUUUACUCACUCAAUACUUUGAUUUCAGUUCUUUGCAGAAACAGUAAAGGUCUAAAUUUGGUGCCUGAAAUUAUGUUGAAGAGUCAGGCUAUGAAUAUUCGAAUGGAAGAAUCGACUUUUCAGGUAUUGAUUACUGCUCUUUGUAGGAUUAAAAAGGUGGGUUCUGCUAUUGAGAUGUUGAAUUGCAUGGUGAAUGAUGGGUUUACUGUAAAUACAGAAAUAUGUUCUAUGUUGUUGUCAUGUCUUUGUGAGCAGAAAGAUGUGACUAAAUUUGAGGUUAUGGGGUUUUUAGAGGAAUUGAGAAAGUUAGGAUUUUUUCCUGGAAUGAUGGAUUAUAGUAAUGUUAUUAGGUUUUUAGUGAAAGGGAAAAUGGGUGUGGAUGCUUUGCAUGUUUUGAAUCAGAUGAAAUUAGAUAGAAUUAAGCCUGAUAUCUUUUGCUACACUAUGGUUUUGCAUGGCAUGAUUGAAGACGGGGAGUAUUUGAAGGCGGAUGAGUUGUUCGAUGAGUUGCUUCUUUUUGGUUUAGUUCCUGAUGUUUAUACUUACAAUGUGUAUAUAAAUGGUUUGUGUGAGCAAAAUAAUGUCGAAGCUGGAGUCAAGAUGCUUGCUAGUAUGGAGGAGUUGAGAUGCAAACCUAAUUUGAUUACUUAUAAUAUAUUACUCAAGCAGUUGUGUAAGGUUGGAGAGCUUAGUAAGGCAGCAGACCUUCUGAGGGAGAUGGGAUUGAAAGGAAUUGGACAAAACAUGCAGACCUAUAGGAUUAUGAUUGAUGGCUUGGCAAGUAAUGGUAAAAUUGUUGAAGCUUGUGGUUUCUUCGAGGAAGCAAUGGAUAAGGGUUUAUUGAAUCAGAGUUUGAAAGUUGAUGAUAUAAUUUGUGGUUUAUGCCAAAGAGACCUAAGUUGUAAAGCACUAGAAUUACUUGAGAAAAUGGUUAGUAAGAAUGUUUCUCCUGGUGCUAGAGCUUGGAAAUCACUUCUUCUUAGCUCUGGAUUCAAACUUGGUUUUGUGGAGACUACAUUGAUUAAUUUGGUGGGCACGAGUCAAACUCAAUUAAGUAAUGAGAAUGCUGCUGUUGAGUAA